CUGUCAACUCUCAAAUGCCCCCAGCCCAACUCUUUCUUUCUCUCUCUCUUUUCCUAUCUCUGUAGUUCCAACUGAUUCACGAACAUCUCCGAUCAUUCCCUUGUUUUCUCAAAUGAGAGAAGCAUCAAACCCUAAAGCAGAUCUAGCGGAAGCAUCAAAUCUAGAAACAAAUUUGGAGGAAGCAGGGGAAACGGCGCUGCAGGGUGGUGGUGGCGAAAGCAGAUCUGUUGGAGGCAGGUUUGAAGGAAUCAAGGUUGCUGAAGAGGAAGAUGAGGCUGCACAUGAUUAGGAUGAGGAUGGAGCAUGUGAGUAGCUUUACAGUGCUAGCCAUUCUCAUUUCUUUCCCUCAAUUCAGUCUAUAAAAGGAAAGGAAACAUAGGUAUUUUGCAAAGAAGCAAAACUAGAUAGUGCAUGUGUGUGAGCUGAGAAAGAGGAGAAAGGAUACAGUAAAAGGAGUUGUUGAUCAACAAUGAAGAAAUGGAAAGAAUCCAA